GGAUUCUUAAAAUUUUAUUUAUUUUUACACAAUGGAUGAAAAAAUAGAUGUAACCAGUUGUUGCAGACUAUGUCUAAGUACUAAAUUAACAUUUAACAUCCAUACUUCAAAAAAGUAUAUAAAUUCUGAUUUACCACCAUUGGACGAAAUAAUUAAGGAGUUAACUACAAUACAGAUUGAAAAAGAAGAAGGUGAAACAAAUUUAUCCAAGAACAUUUGUUUUUCUUGUAAUUAUUUAAUUAUCAAACUGUAUUCAUUUCGACAGCAGAGUAUAAUUUCAAAUCAAAAAUUUCAACAAGCGGUAAAGACCUGGAAGAAGAAUCAGGCAUCAGCGGUGUUUGAAAGUGAAUCAAAAAAUUUGCUUUUUGCUGAUUCUUUGGUGGCUAUUUAUGCUCGAUGUUUAGUUCGUGGAGAAAAUAAAUCUUCGAAUAAGAAACUUUAUCAUAAUAUAUCUCAAAUGUGCAAGCUUCCCAGUAAAAACAAUUCGAUUUCAACAUGCACAACAGAUUCGGGUUCACUGUCAGAUUCUGCUCUGUCAAUAGCACUUAAUGAACAUAUAUUUCGACAAUCAAGUAAUAACCAAUCAUGUCAUCCCUCUGUGAAUAAAAUUAUUGAAGAAAAUCCUAAUAUUAUUCUUUCCUGCGAAGCAAUGAACUAUAAUUACGAUUGUAGUGUGGUUGUGGAAACUUUUAAACAAUUGUUUCGCGCAGCUUUAUGCGUACCUUCGAAAAUUUCAAAACAAUUGGAUGAAAAUAUUAAUAAAAAAAAAAAAGAGAGUUGCAAUUUGACAAAAGACGACAAUAAGUUUUCUGCAAGUGUCGUAAGCGUUAAUAAUUGUUCUGGCGAUGCUAGGGAUCAAUUGCCAGAAAUCAAACUAAGAAAUAACAGCGAACAAUGCUCCGUUUGGGAGAAUCAAUUCUCAAAUAAGUUGUUGUUAGAAGAACAUGUGGAUUAUUGUCAUAGAAUGGAAGAUGAAUCCAUAGUGUUAUCCAAAGGUAACAAUAAUUUAUCUGGAAGUGUCGUUAGCCUUAAUAGUUAUUCUGAUGUAGCUAGCGAUUUACUGUCAGAAACCAAACCAAGAAUUAACAGCGAACAAUGCUCCGUGUGUAAGCGUCAAUUCUCAAAUAUGUUGCUAUUAGAAGAACAUGUGGAUUAUUGUCAUAAAAUGAAAAAUGAAGCCAUAGUAUUAACUUCACAAUUACGGAUUCCGAAGAAAUUCAAGAAUAAUUAUCUGAAGUCAAUUAAGUUAAUCGAUAAUGAAGAACGUUUAAGAUUAUCUUAUAAAAAAGGCGCGCGUAAAACAGUCCCCGUACCAAAACUAUUUAAAAGUAAAAAGACAGCCACAAAAUCAAAUAGUUCAAUUACUUUUAAAACUCUAGAUAUUGCUGAAAGUAAUGAAUUAUUAAAAAAAUUGCUUACGGAUACAGUCAGUGCAAACAUAUCGCUUAACGAUGCAAGAGCAGAAUUAGCGAAUAAUAAGAUAAAUAUGUUGUUUAGUUCUAUAAAUAAAUCAGGUACAUGUAAUACUACGACAAAUACACCAGCCUUACUUAAUUCCUCAAAUAAUUUACCUGCAUCUAAUUUGCACGUAGUUAGUUCUACAAAUCAGGCAGCUUUGGCUUGUACCACAAAUAGGUCAGGUGUAGUUAAUCCCGAGAACUUACCAAAUGCACAUAGUUUCGCAAAUAAACAAACUAUAACUUCUACUGAAAAUAAUACACUAAAAGAAGCUUUGCCUGUUAACAAAACAGGAGUACCCACCAUAGCUAAUACAUCUGCUGUACCCAAUACUUCAUUGUUUGACUAUGAGAUUCAUAGAAAAAAAAUGUUAAAAAGCUCAUUGCAUGUUCGUAAAGACACUAACGAAAAUACAGAAACAUUCAACAUAUCUAGCAGUUCACUAUUAUGCCAGGAAUAUUUACCUGUUAACCGGCCAAUAAUUAAUAAUGACAUAGUUGUUCCUAAUGUACCUUUAACAGUUUACCAGGAAAGUGUAUCUACUAAUCCUGCACCCGUUGUUAGUAAAACAAGUAUUCCAAAUAAAAUAUUAAAACCAAACUUUUAUAUUGAUAACACUGUUAAUGAUUCUAAUUUAAAAAGAAAAAAUGAUGAAACACCAAGUAUUAAUCCAAAACGAUUGAAAAUAGCCAAGAACAAUUCAAAACGAAUCUUUAGAGAUCUUCAGGGAUGUACAAGUAUUUUGGAGAAACUUUUUGCACCGCAAUUGGAUCUGGAAGAAAUUUUACGAAAAGAUCUCUCUGAAUCUGAUUUAAACGAAAUUGAUACAUCACUUAUUAAUUCUGCUGUGUGCGCAUAUUUAAGGAAAAAUCCUCGAUAUUUUAAUUUAUUAGAACAACUAAUAGGUAUUCGAGAUCUUCCGGUUGUAGUUAACAUUAGCCCCACUGGUGGUAAUACUUUCGAUUUCAUAAAAGCCAAAUGUCCUAGUAAUAAUUCUGACACUCCAUUGAUUGAAAUGUCCAGAAUUAAUUGGAAUAAUACAUGUGUAUUGCAAAAUUUUUCCUCCACGAACAAAAGUAUAAGAGUUGUUGGAAAAAGCUGGCAAAAGAAAAAAAUUAAUGUACCUCUGUCUAAUUGGAAACAAUGCGCAACUGAAUCAUUAGCAGUAGCAGAUAAAUCAAUUACCCAGUCGAAACCUGUUGAUUUUGAACAAUUAAUUGAUACGAAUUCUACAGAUUCACCAGUUUCAGAUACUUCUAGUUUCAUAAAUAGUGUCGAUCAACUAUCAAAUGUCAAUAAUCAGUCUUUAAAAACUGGAAGUAAUCAAACUUGUACUCCCUCAGAAACUAAGAAAAAAUCUGGUGACAAAAUAGUAUUUAAACGCUACUUAAACUUUUCUAAAGGUAAAGAAGAAUCAUCUAAGAAAGUAAUUCUUCAAAAGAAUAGAAAUAUUCUUCCUAAACCGGUGGCCAAAUACGUGAUAAAAGAUGGUAUCUGCCUAAAAACGUUUCAUGCGACAUUAGUUACAAAAGAAUUACAUCAAGUGGAACACAAACAGAAUGGAACUAGUAUUAGCGAUCUUGAAUUAAAUUUAGAAGAACCAAGUUUGAGAGAUGGUGAAAUAAUAGAAAUUGAAGAUGAUAAUGAUAUAAAUAAUCAAAAUAAUUACAGUACGGACCCACUUAUUGAUAUGGAACUAGGCGCGUUAAAAAUUGUUUCUGUCAUGUCUUUGAACGAUGAUUAUAAUAGUUCUGUUGAAAAGACUACGGAAUCCAUUGCCGAUACAGAAAUGAAUGAAUACUUGAACCAAGCACCCAUUGGAAUUAAAAAUUUUGUAGAGUCAUAUGGAAUAUUAAAUCCCGAAAGUGAAUCAGCGAAUUUAAUUACUAAUCCUACUGAAAUUGUAUCUAAUAAGUCCACUAUUAAAUUCAUUCAUUUUCCAGAAAAUGCUCCCAGCACUUCAACUCUUCAUCAAGAUACGAAUUUUACAACUGAAGAUUCUGUUACGUUAGAAAAUUUUACAUGUGAACAAAUGUUACAACAACAUAAUGAUACACCUGUUAGUAAACCAUCGUCGGGUAUAUCUGUUUUAAGUCCUACGAGAAUAAACCUACUUUUACAAAAAAAAGAAUUGAAAAUGUAAAUAAAUAUAUUCAUAAUAUACGAAUUCUUACCAAUUGUACUAAAUAUUACUGUCACAAAAUAAUACUCGAAAUUGUUUAUUUUGUACUGACUAAUCGAUGUAAAUAUUAAUUAACCGAAAAUCCUAGUCUUAAACCAAAACGUAAGGAAAAGGUGAGGUGUGUUCGCCGUGUAUAACAUAUGGAAAUUGAACUGCCACGAUCGGCCAUAUUGAGGAACUGGUCUAUGUAUCAGGUAAUAUCUCGAAAAGUAGAAACAGUUAUCAUAAAUUUAUUCGUGUAUCAAUCACCUCUUUAUCUUACAUCAUGGUCUUAAACUUGAAAUAUUUUCCCAUACAUUCAUUGGAUCAAGUAUUUUCGUUAAAUAAUUAAAAGUUAAGAUAUUAUUCCUAAGUUAAGAUAUUAUU